GAUAUGACCUUUAUGACCCAACAAUUCAGCAGAUUCAGGUCUUACGCCUUGAGAAGCGCCUCGAUGACAAGUUGUAUUACUUGAGGGAUGCUCUGCCUGAGUACAGUACCUUUCCAUUUGAUAUGGACAUGGAGAUAUUGCCAGAAGGCACUCCAGUACCCGUCAAUCCAGUGCAGGUUAAAUUGAAGCCAAGACCAUGGCUAGAAAGAUGGGAGAGGCAAGAUCUCAAGGGCAUAGCCAACAUAGAGGAAUACUUGAAAGAAAAAGAUAGAGUACGAAGAGAACUGCACAAGAAACCAUGGGAGAAAUUCGACUUGAUGCUGCAAUAUAGAAAAACGAUUCCUAUCGAAGAUCAAAAUAACGUUUGGGAUGAAGUUUACACCCAGUUGCAAAAUCUACAGAGCUCACAGAAGAAGAUGGCCAGAAAGCGUACGUUUAGCACGCCGAAAACGAAUCUUGGCUAAAGUAUUAGAAGUUAUUAUUUAAAAGUUAUGUAUGUUUUCAAUGUAGUUUUAUAAAAUAUACUUAUGUGAAUAUG